UAACUUCCAAUAAUUCACACUUUCAUUUUUAAUUUGUAGGUUGGGAAAGGGAAGAUCAUCUGCUUCUAUGGAAGCCAUAACAAUGAUUGGAUAAAAAGAUUUCUGAAGAAGAUAGAGCUUAUUGAAAAGCUAACAAAUUUUGAAAUGGUGAUUACUUAUGUUGGCACAAACAAGAAGAAAGAAGAACUUCCAAGGAUUUUGAACUUCAUAAAGGACAUCUGUAGCAAGAGUAGGGUUUGGUCUGAGAAAGAUAUCCUAUCAAUUUGGAGCAAUUUGAAGAUGUCAACAUGCCCGGAGGAGACGACGAACGUGGAAUAUUCAAGGAGGAAAGAAUUUAUUAGUAUAUUAAAUUACGAUGAAUAUGAGGAUGGGUGGGCUCUAAUUUUCAGCGACUCUAGCUGCAAACAGGAAGUUGUCAAAUCUAGUGGGACCAAAUUGAUCGAAUGUUUGAAUAGCUACACCACAUGCGGAACAAGAUUUAAGGAACCUAAGGAUUUUCUAAGAGAGUUAAAUGAAGAUCUACGAGUGAAGCAUGCUACUCCAAAACAUUGCUUGAAGGGCAUGAAGGUCCCAACAACUAGAGAUGGUCCAAUAUGGGUGCACUGUAUGGAAUGUGGGCGCUUUAUGGAUUAAUUAACUAGCUACUUCAUUCAAUUCAUGGAA